ACCAUACCAUCAUCACUGAUGGCGACGGCAGUGAUAAUGACAUACAAUAAGUGGCCAACAAAUAGCAACAGUAAUCGUAACCAACUGUUAUUGUCUGACAAAUGGUUUCAAACCAAUAGAUUCAGACCGUUAUCAUCACAUCCCUGGCCAACAACGACAACAACAACAAUACGAUCGGCAUAUACUAUCAAAGAUGACCAAAACAUUAAUAUUUUGGACAUUAAGUACUGGUCGGAUCAGACAGUGGUCAGAAUUUUUGUAUCACAAUUAGAUGAUUGCGACCAAUCGAUAGCCGACGGAAGCGGUUUUCGGGUAAAUGGCGACGAAAUGAUGAUCAUUACCAGCGCACAUGUAGUCAAAGGAUCCAAUUUAGUUGAAGUACUUAUGCAUUAUUAUGGUUAUCUCAAUAUGCUAUUGGCUCAAGUAGUCUAUGUUGAACAGCACCGGGAUCUGGCACUCCUGAAUGUUAUCAAUCUAGACAGCGAUCGCUUUCAAUCGUUACCGUUUGACACUCGGUCGGCCAACGAUCUUAUUGGCCAACCAGUGGCCAGUAUUGGUCAUAUGGAAACCAUUGGCGAAAAAUCAUGUCAAUCGGGUAUUAUCCAGUCUAUCGGUAUGACUAAUAGACAACAGCGCCCUUCAGGACAAAUAUAUCAUCAUUUUUAUGCCGAAUCGUGUCCACUGUUAAGCCAUUCGUCGCCAAUAUUUUUCGGCUAUUCAGGCGGUCCGGCCCUAACAUCGCUAAGCCAUAUGAUUGGUGUCCAGACUUCUGGCCGAUGGGCUGAAGGUUUCUAUUAUGCCGUUACUUGCAGUGAAAUAUUCGAUUUUAUUGGAAAUUAUAUACAUUAUGCAGUCAAUGGAUUCAUUGAUAGACAAUUGAAUCGCACAGUAAGCUAUACAUUGAGACCGGGAUUGAAAUUAGGACUGAUUUUAUUGUCCAAUACUAUUGAUGACAACAACAACAGUACUGAGUUUACAAUUGUGAAUACAAUACCCGAAUCGCCUAAUGUGUAA